AUGGCGCAAUAUCCGUUGAAGUCAUACUUUGCCCCCUCAAAACUUAUAUUCUACUUCCUUUUUUGGGGCCUCCACGUGGGUCUUUUUGCCCUAGGAUGGUAUCUACAGGCGACAAACCAGAAAUUAGCUGCUCUAAAUGCGUUGAAGUUUUCGGUGUGGAUCUCAAGAGGAGCUGGAUUGGUGUUGACUGUUGAUGGCGUCUUGAUCCUUCUGCCGAUGUGCAGGACUGUCCUUAGGUGGCUCAGACCCAAGAUCAGGUGGUUGCCGCUUGAUGAAUCCGUCUGGUUUCAUCGCCAAGUCGCAUAUGCCCUACUUCUCUUCAGCAUCAUCCACACAUCAGCCCACUAUGUCAACUUUUACAAUGUGGAAAAGGAUCAGGUCCGGCCCGAGACUGCCAUCCAGAUCCACUACACUCAAGCAGGCGGUAUCACCGGUCAUAUCAUGUUGCUGUGCAUGAUGCUGAUGUACACCACUGCUCACGCCCGAAUCCGCCAGCAGUCCUUCGAGACGUUUUGGUACACGCAUCACUUGUUCGUCCCAUUCUUCCUGGGUCUGUAUACCCACGCCACGGGUUGCUUUGUGCGCGAUUCUGCGGAUCCUUACUCUCCAUUCGCUGGCAAGGCCUUUUGGGACCAUUGCCUAGGGUAUGAAGGCUGGAGGUGGGAGCUGUUUGCCGGUGGCCUCUACUUGGCUGAGAGACUGUAUCGUGAAAUCAGAGCUAGGCGUGAGACCGAGAUCAUCAAGGUCAUUCGUCACCCCUACGACGCCAUGGAGAUUCAGUUUUCCAAGCCCAGCUUCCGAUACAAAGCUGGCCAGUGGCUUUUUCUCCAAGUACCCGAAGUCUCCAACACGCAGUGGCACCCUUUUACCAUCACCUCUUGCCCGUUUGACCCAUACGUCAGUGUUCAUGUCCGCCAAGUGGGCGACUUCACCCGGGCGUUGGGUGAUGCCUUGGGUUGUGGACCUGCCCAAGCGAAGGAUCUCGAAGGGCUGGAUCCAAUGGGCAUGUACGAGAUUGCGCUGCAAAACGGCCAAAAAAUGCCCAAGCUGCGUAUUGACGGUCCUUACGGAGCCCCUGCAGAAGAUGUGUUCGAAAACGAGAUUGCCAUCAUCAUCGGCACCGGCAUCGGCGUCACGCCCUGGGCCUCGAUCCUCAAGAAUAUCUGGCAUCUUCGAUCUUCUCCUAAUCCACCACGGCGCCUUCGCCGUGUCGAGUUCAUCUGGGUCUGCAAGGAUACCACCUCGUUUGAAUGGUUCCAAUCCCUCCUCUCCUCCCUCGAGGCGCAAUCUCUGUCCAUGGCAGAGACGCAAGGCGGGUCCGAGUUCCUCCGCAUCCAUACCUACCUCACCCAGCGGCUAGACCCGGACACCACCGCGAAUAUCUACCUCAACUCUGCCGGCCAAGAUGUUGACCCUCUCACGGAACUCCGGAGCGGGACGAAUUUCGGCCGCCCGAACUUCAAGCGGUUGUUCGCCGCUAUGCGGGACGGCCUGCUCACGCAGGCAUAUAUGACCGGCUUGAACAAGAGCAAAAGCGAAGUGGGCGUGUAUUUCUGCGGGCCUAAUGCUGCGGCCCGUCAGAUUCGCGAGGCGACCAGAUCCGUCUCAACAAAGCAGGUCAAGUUCAAGUUUUGGAAGGAACAUUUCUAA